CGACCCAUUUCAGCCCUUGCCCUAAACCCACCUCUGAUUCCCGAUCCCCAAUCAACCAAGAGCGUCCAAGCCGAAACCAUCAUCAUGGCGGCGGCUCCGACGGCGGCGGCGACGGUGGCGUCAACGGCGGUGCUAGCCCCCAGACCAGCGCCUACCAGCGCGUUCCUCCGGCGCACCCAGGCCACCUCCCACCGCCACCCCAUCCUGAAAUGCCGCCGCGCUGGGACCCUGACCCCCGCGGCCGCGGCGGGCGGCAGCUCCCCGUCGUCCGCGGUCUUCCACGGCGAGGUCUUCGUGGUGGGAGACAACAUCGACACCGACCAGAUCAUCCCCGCGGAGCACCUCACCCUGGUGCCGUCCAAGCCCGACGAGUACCGCAAGCUCGGCUCCUUCGCCUUCGCGGGGCUCCCCACCGCGGCCUACCCGACGCCGUUCGUCGACCCGGGGGAGGAGUCCACCCGCUACGCCGUCAUCGUCGGCGGGGCCAACUUCGGGUGCGGCUCCUCCCGGGAGCACGCGCCCGUCGCGCUCGGGGCCGCCGGCGCCCGCGCCGUCGUGGCAGAGAGCUACGCGCGCAUCUUCUUCCGCAACUCCGUGGCCACGGGAGAGGUGUACCCUCUGGAGCUCCAUGACGCGGGAGCUUGGAAGGAGUGCAAGACUGGGGAUGUGGUCACCGUGGACCUCGGCAAUUCCGUCCUUAUUAACCACACAUCCGGCAAGGAGUACAAGCUGAAACCAAUUGGCGAUGCCGGACCGGUCAUUGAGGCUGGAGGGAUAUUUGCAUAUGCUCGGAAGACCGGAAUGAUUGCGUCGAAAGCUGCUGCUUGAGAGAAAGGUGAAUUUCUUCUGCAGAUCUGCUGUCAAAUUAGGGCAAAUUUCAUCUGCAGAUCUGCUGUCAAAUUAGUGGAGGUCUUUGCAAUUAGUGGAGGUCAUUGCAUGCAGUGUGUAAAACUGGAUUUGGGAUCAACCUGUACUUGCUAUUGUCCAGCUUGUGUACUGUUAAUUUUCGCAUAGAUUUGUACUGUGGACAGUGUUUUAAAAUAAGUUGCAGCGUAUUGGGCUAUGCUGAAUCGAUCCAAUUGGUCCCUUUUGUACCUGCUACCGUGCUUACCUGUUUGAAUAACAGCUUUGUUGUCAGCUUUUUGUU